GCAGGAAGCGGGAGCGGUGCCGGCUGCGAGCAGGAGUGCUAAACCUGCCGGGACUGUAGCGCAGGUCCGGCACCUGCUCGGGGUCCUUUGCCUGGCAGCGCCCGCGAGAGAGGCGCGACAAAUUCGGGAUUUUAUUUCCACUCAAGAAAUAGGAGGAUGGUGAUCAGCUGUAGCAUUAUUUUUCGGUAGUGGGGUUGACCGCUUGACGGCAGGUCAGCCCUCACCCUUCCUCUUGCAGUAGUAUGAGGACAGAAUCAGAAAGGCAAACGUGGUAAAUCCUACGGAUUUUCUCUGAGAUGAAGACAGUUAAAAGACAUGGCAGCAUAAAGUACAAGAACAAAGAAAUUUACAUGCAUAUUUAGAUACAUACAAAAUGUUGUGUGCUGGGAAAAAAUCUUACUUUGCUGCUGCUGUGGGCAUUAUUAUUGUAACUUCAAUGCUCACAGCUUCUUAUCUGAGGUUACAGAGACUUUCUCUUCGCCCACAAAUAAUUCAAGAAGGUAGAAGAUGCAGAGGGAAAAUUGCCAAUAGCACAAUAACAGCAUUAAAAGGUAAUAAAACUUUUAUUAUAUCCCCAUACUUUGAUGAUAGAGAAAGCAAAGUCACUCGUCUGAUUGGGAUUGUUCACCAUGAAGAUGUAAAACAACUGUACUGCUGGUUCUGCUGUCAGCCCAAUGGAAAGAUAUAUGUAUCAAAAGCAAAAAUUGAUGUCCACUCAGAUAGAUUUGGAUUCCCUUAUGGUGCAGCAGAUAUAGUUUGUCUGGAACCUGAAAAUUGUGAUCCAACACAUGUAUCAAUUAAUCAGUUUCCACAUGGAAAUAUUGACCAGCUGCCAAGGUUUGAAAUUAAAAACCGCAAGGCUGAGACCUUUUCUGUUGACUUCACUGUGUGCAUUUCUGCCAUGUUUGGAAACUACAACAAUGUCUUGCAGUUUAUACAGAGUAUGGAAAUGUACAAGAUUCUUGGAGUACAGAAAGUGGUGAUCUAUAAGAACAACUGCAGCCAUCUGAUGGAGAAAGUCUUGAAGUUUUAUAUAGAAGAAGGAACUGUCGAGAUAAUUCCCUGGCCAAUAAACUCACACCUCAGGGUUUCUUCCGAAUGGCACUUCAUGCAAGAUGGAAUGCACAUUGGCUACUAUGGACAAAUCACAGCUCUAAAUGACUGUAUAUACCGUAACAUGGAAAGGAGCAAGUUUGUGGUCCUCAAUGAUGCCGAUGAAAUAAUUCUUCCCCUUAAACACCCAGACUGGAAAACAAUGAUGAACAGUCUUCAGGAACAAAACCCAGGGACUAGUGUUUUCCUCUUUGAGAACCAUAUCUUCCCAGAAACUGUAUCUUCUCACAUGUUCAACAUUUCAUCUUGGAAUACUGUGCCAGGUGUUAACAUAUUACAGCAUGUAUACAGAGAGCCUGACAGGAAAGAUGUAAUCAAUCCCAGGAAAAUGAUAGUUGAUCCACGAAAGGUGAUUCAGACUUCAGUCCAUUCUGUCCUACGUGCUUAUGGCAACAGUGUGAAUGUUCCUAUGGAUGUUGCCCUAAUUUACCACUGUCGGAAGGCCCUUCAAGGAGACCUUCCCAGACAAUCUCUCAUCAGGGACACAACACUGUGGAGAUAUAACUCAUCAUUAAUCAUGAAUGUUAACAAGGUGCUAUCUCAAACCAUGCUGUAACCUCAAAAGUGAAGCCUUGGUUAUAAGGAGUAAAAGUGGAGCGCUUACCUCUACGGUGGGAAGACAGGGGAUAUAAUUUAAAGAUCACAUGAAAUUGAUUUCCACAUGGAGUUUACACUUUGUUGUAAUUAUUAAGGGAAUCUAUAGCAAAGCCACAAAUCAUUUAAUGAUAUCAAGGGACAAUGCAGAUUGCAGUAUUUUUUCUGGGAAAUGUACAAUUUGUUCUCAGUUAAAACAAUAAUAAAAAUCAGUAUUUGUCAACUGAUUCAAAUAAUGCAAAAAGUUUUCAACCUAUGUACAAAAAGUACAAAUACAGUCAUUAAUAUUAAAGGUAGCAUUGCUUAAUUCUUUCAGUUUGUAUGUAAGUGGGUACCAAAUUUAUAUGCAUCAAUAUGAGUAAAAGGUAGACAAGUAACUGAGCACAAUCUUCCUUUCCAUUGUAAAAAAAUUAACCCUUAUGUUCUUGGAAAUAGUAUAUGUUAAAGAUGUGAUGGAUUGUAAUACUAAGCACAGCAGUUGGAGUUUUGCUGAUAAAAAAUGUCUUGUUCAUCUGGGCUUUAGAGACAUGUAUGUUUGAGAAGAGUGAUCGCACCUGUUCUGAAUUACUAAAGUGGUUAAGUGCUGAGUUGUGUUGGAAAGCUUUAAUAGAGGCAAGGGAUACAGAUUGAUCUCAAAGAAAAGGAUACUUUUGUGAACUGAAAAGAACCUGUUUUGAGGAGGUAAAAAUAGCGGCCAAACAACUUUUAUGAAAUGUAAUCAUUUGUUGGGGUUUUUUUCUGGUGUCUUGAAGCCUCAUAGGAAAAUGUUUCAUGAAAUUUAGACACAAGUUGGAUUUUAGUCCUUUAUGUGAUGGGUAAGUAGAAUUCUUGGUAGGUGUAAGGGUACAGAAGCUGCAUUUUUUCCAACCUCUAUGGAAAUAGUGUUAAGUAGUGACUUUUGCUGAAGGUCAGAUGGAAACGAAAGCAAACAUAAAAACCAUUUGCUCACUUCCAUUUCACAGUUUUACUUUCACAAUUUCAGUUGCUGUUUGGUAAGCUCCCAGAACUACUUGAAUUGCAUAUGUUGUGGCAAUAUAUUAGAACCUUCCUACUGAAGGCACAUCUGAAGGCAGCGAUAGCCUGACACUUUGGUGUCUGACAGAGAGAAGUGUGUGUGAGAGCAAGUAUUCUUUUUAAAAUUUCUACAUUAAUGUCAUGCUUUCAUUCCUUUAUCUACUUGCUGGUGACACAUACCUGUGCCCUUAGAGAGCUCAUUAGUGGAUUAGUAUUAUUAGCAGACGUUCAAAGGGAAUUUUGCUUCACAGUGACUGCAGCAUCUCCCAGUCUGUAUAAACAAAUUCACAGCUAUAUUAGUAUCUGAGAUGCCUGCUGCUGUCAGUCAUACAAUCUUGUGUGGUAGUAGGUCCACUUAGAAUUUCAGACUCAUUGUUUAGAAGAGGCAUCUGAAAGUCCAACUCCCUGCUUAUAGCAUGAUGUGCUCCGGACUUAGUCUAGGAAGGCUGGGCAGCCAGUUUCAGCCUUAAACUAACCUCGCUGUGGAGAAUUUCUCUUGUUACAAGAACCAUUUACCAUUUCUUGCUGCAAGAUGCCAAACUGAGUCUGACAUUGUUUUCUUUACAGCUUACUAGUUAGCUUGAGACAGUAACAGUGCCUCCCCAUCCCAUGCCCACUACCUUCCCUUUUCCCACCAUUCUUUCUGGAAGGCUCAGCUUGGGUCUCAGUUUCUCAGCCACCUUGUACUCCACCUCUGUGGGGACUCUGCAUGAUCAAGGUCACUAACAAAAAGUAGUUGACCAAGUUUUCCCGUUUUGCUGAUUUGGAAACAAGGACAUUUCUGGCACACCUCUAUUUAAUCUUUCAAAGUUAAUGCAGUGCUGUACAGGUGCCUCCUUCAGAAGAAGCUGAGUUACUGCACACAUCAUAAUGAUACUGUUAUGUUACUCCUGCAUUAGGAAUGAUGAGAACUGGGUUUAGAGACAAGUUAUUGAAAAUUUUCUUUUUCAUGGAAGCGUUCUUCACUUUGGAGUGAGACAACAAAAGCUCACUUUUGUAAGCUCAUUUAUGCCCACACAGUGCAGUCUGAAUUGAGAGUUGCGAAUUUGGCUUCCAGUUGAAAAAAUCCUUGAGUACAGACAACAUUUUUCAAAGUAAAUUGGUGUGAGUAAAGGUGGAAAAACUGUGUGCUUAAGAGUCUGGCCCUGUAUUUAAGAGACUGCUCUACUGCGACUUUAUGCAACUCCUAUGGCAUCACUCAAAUACUGAUUCUUGCAUAUGAAAACUCCCCCUCACUGGUGUAAUUCAUACCACAUACAUUUGGGAAUCUUGGCCUUCAUUCAGUAUUAAGUAUAAAAUCAGGUCUCCUUGAAUAGUGGGAAGAAAAAAUCACCAAAAAAAAAUUGACAUUGAGGUGAGAGGGAGGAAGGAAGGAAGACCAAUCUAAAGCAUUUCUAAAGCAUGUGAUAUUGUAGAUAGAACUUUUGAGUACGUGUCAAAUAGCACAAAAAUACAUGGACAAGUAUUUGUUAAAGGACUCAUUUGAUUCUUCUGUUUCAAAGGCUAAGUAUUUAAAGCUAUCAUAUGGAAAAAGAUUUUGAAGAGAAAGAUUCUGGAGAGAAAAAGGGUUUGCUAUUUUCUCUUUUUUUGUUAAGCAGCCAUGCACUGUAACCAGUAUUUGCUGUUACAUGUACAAAAGCCUACCUUCACCUUCUGUUUCAGCAACAAAAAAUAGGUCAGAAGUCAGCUCAAGCACAACUUAAUUUCAGACUUGAUAGCAGAUUUGAAUAGUUUAAACAUUACAAGCUAUACUUCAGAGCCCAAAUAGGUAUAUUUAAACAUGAAUGUAGACAAAAACUUGUGGUGAAUACUGCUAGCAUGCUGCAUUGCAUUAUGUCCAAAACAACCCAUUCCCAAAUGCCGAAAUAAAAGUAAAUGAUUGUGCA